AUGUCGGAUAACAUCGGUUCCUCGAUGCCUGGCGCUGACGGCAAGCGCAAACGCGAUUCUCUCGAUGUCGGCGACAGCCAGCGGUUGGCUCGUUCCCCUCCUAUGGCGAAUACUAACGGCAACAUGCACGCGAACAACGGCAACAUCCAUGGUGCGCACUCCCAGACUGCAUACGACCCUACUUUCUAUCACUCGGAUCCCUCCGCUAAAUGGAUUUACAUAGGAUACGAUACCCAUGGCUUGAACAAUCCCACCGAAUUGAGCCACAUUGACCAGCAGCUUCUUCAACAUGUCGGAGGCCAGAAUGGGGUUUCUGAUGACACCACGAUGACCGCGAAAGCGGCUCUUGCUGCCCAUCCCCAAUCUAAGUAUCCGGCACCAGAAUCUGCCUUCGACAAUAACGCCUUGGGCCACAAUAUGUCUGCUUUCGGUGAAGACGUUGCUCAGGUUUCGAUGCAAGGUGUCCACGGACACAACUCGACCGCUGCUGCCGUUUACGCGGCCCGUGAAGCUCAAAGCAUUGGCCAUUCCAAGCCGCCAGUUGGUUCUCCUGAAUGGCACACUCAACGCAAAAACAAUCACAAGGAAGUCGAGCGCCGCCGUCGUGAGACCAUCAACGAAGGAAUCAACGAGCUCGCGAAAUUGGUCCCUGGAUGCGAAAAGGCUAAGGGCUCAAUCUUGUCCCGAGCAGUGCAAUACAUUGCUAAGUUGCAAGAGGACAACAAGAAUAUGAUCGACCGUUGGGACACAACCCAGAUGACUACCACCCAAGCCAUCACUGAAAUCAGCGCUCAGAAUGCAAAAUUGAAGGCAGAGGUGAACCGCCGCGGUGUUCUCGCCAUGAAAUGGCUCCAGAGAUCCCGUGACGCUGGUCUCGACUUUCCCGAUUACGAUGAUGACAAGGACCUUUCGCAACUCGAAAUCGAUGACGUCCAGAUUUAG